AUGAGUUCUUCAUCAAGCUCUCGUGAACCUUCACCAUCUAUGAAACAAACUUUACCAAACGAUUAUGGAGCACCUAUUGAAUAUUUCUUACGAGCUGCACAAUGGCAAAGAGCAGUCUCACCAAGGUUAGGUGUUCCACCAGCUCUUGUCAAAAUAGCAUUUGGUCAAUGUCCUUAUAUAAGAUAUGGUCUCCCACUAGGUUUGCUAGCUACAGCAGGAGCAGUUAUGAUGUUGAAAAGAAAUAAAGCAAAUGUUGUAAAUAAUACUGAAGUAGCUGAAGUUAACAAACUCAACACCUUCAAAGCAAAACUUCAAUGA